UUCAGCAGGGGGCGCCAAUCUGUUAUCGUGACGUCUCCAUGACAGCAGGAAGAGGAAGUGUGUGCUGGGUUGUUUACAGUGUGUGUGGGUGUUGUUUAGCUACAGAGAAGUUGAAUUUGUCCGCAUGAUUUGUUUGCUAAAGCAAUCGAAGCAGAUACGGUAUCACAGCUUGCACAGUAGUUUACUGAAAGUACGAGUUUUGGAGUUUAUUAUUUUGUUCUUAAUGGCGCCAGAACGCUGUGUACGGAUUGUAUUGUUACAGUAAUUCGCUCUGUCGAUGCUACUUGCUACCUAAAUCAAGUGCUGAUUGAAUAAAAAAGCGAGUCUCCCAAUAUUAUUAAUAAUAAAAUCCCGAAUAAGGAGAAAAUAUCUCAAGCUAACAGUCAGUGAAGAUGGACGUCAGUGUCUCCGUGUCGUUCUUUCAAGACGAGCUCGCCUCUACCAUCGAGCACGCAGUGAAAGCGGCUGUAGACACCGUCUUGUGCCAAAUCACAAAAGUUGUCGGCGGCAAAUUCACUGAAUUCCGAAUGGAAAUGGCUGGAAAGGAGAAAGAGAAUGAAAGUCUGAAGCUGAGAUUGGAAAUAUCAGAGAGCGAGUUGAAAGCGGUGCGAGAAUGCAUGAACGCUGCAGAUGCAGACAUUAAACAACCUCUCAGAAACAUGAACCCCGACUGCAAUGAACAAGACUUUCAGAGGAACGAGAACCAGGGAUUAUUCAUCAGAGUUAAAGAUAAUACAGAGAGGCAGACUUUCACUGAAGCCGAUGAGGGGCUAGACACUGUUUACACACAAGAGGGGAUCUUUGAUCAUGAACAGUGUGCAAGUUUAAUGCAGGUUACACAGCAGACGUCUUUGGAAGGUAAAGAAGCCCCAAGACUUGAGUCUGUCCACAUUAAAGAGGAGGCAACUGAACUGGAACCUGUCCACAUUAAAGACGAGGCCUAUGAAUUUGAACUUGUCAACAUUAAAGAGGAGGCACCUGAACUGGAACCUGUCCCCAUUACAGGGGAAGUUUCUAAAGAAAAUAUACUGGAGGACAAUGUAGUUCAGCUGGGAUCUAGCCAUUGUGUUUAUUGUCCACCUGAAUUGGUCUGCAUGAAACCCAAUCAGUCUGUGUCUGAAGACACUUGUUCUAGUGUUGGAGAAGAGGGCACUGUGCUGGGGUCCAUUCAGAGGAAACUUCACACCCCAGAAGAUGGAAAGGAGGAAGGAGCAAUGCCAUGCACUAGCAGCACAACAUCAGAUAUAGGAAGACACAACUCCACUCCAGCAUCCCAGGGCCAAAUUACUUCCGAUGGCAAGAUGCAGUGCAAAAAACACAGAGAUUCAACACCGCAAGAUGAAUAUGUGAAGAAACUGAGAACAGAGCGCCGAUCACUUACUCUGGGUUACAUAGUGACUCCACAUCCUGAGGCUGUUAACAAUUCUGCAACCCAGGGCAACUUCAUUCCCAGACAAACUCCCCAGCAGAUUCCUUCAGAGCAGAUCUUCUAUCACUGUACUGAAUGUGGCACCAAUUUCAGUGACCUAGGAAACCUGAAAGCACACCAACAGAUUCAUAAAGAACAGACGCCCCAUCACUGUACUGAAUGUGGAAAAAGCUUCAGAUGGGUAGGUGGGCUUAUAACUCACCAGCGUAUUCACACAGGAGAGAAACCCUAUCUGUGUACUGAGUGUGGGAAGAGUUUUAUUCAGAAAUGUAACCUUCAAUCACACCAGCUAAUUCACACAGGAGAGAAACCAUUUCACUGUGCUGAUUGUGGGAAGAGAUUCAGAGGUUCAAAAGACUUAAAACUACACCAGCGAAUUCACACUGGAGAGAAACCAUAUCAGUGUCCUCAAUGUGGGAAGAGUUUCAGUUGGAGAAGCAACCUUAGAAUACACCUCAGAAUCCACACAGGAGAGAAACCCUUUGAGUGUACUGACUGUGGGAAGAGAUUUGUAGAGUCAAAUAAACUAAAGAGGCACCGUCGAGUUCACAGAGAUUUAGUCCGUUUGGACACUUAAAAAAACUAUUCAGUUUACAGAAUGAAAGCACCUCAAUCACACCAGAAUACCAGCAGACCCAUGUGUAUCUCUGUCAGAAUACCAGCACAGACCCAUGUGUAUCUCUGUCAGAAUACCAGCACAGACCCAUGUGUAUCUCUGUCAGAAUACCAGCACAGACCCAUGUGUAUCUCUGUCAGAAUACCAGCACAGACCCAUGUGUAUCUCUGUCAGAAUACCAGCACAGACCCAUGUGUAUCUCUGUCAGAAUACCAGCACAGACCCAUGUGUAUCUCUGUCAGAAUACCAGCACAGACCCAUGUGUAUCUCUGUCAGAAUACCAGCACAGACCCAUGUGUAUCUCUGUCAGAAUACCAGCACAGACCCAUGUGUAUCUCUGUCAGAAUACCAGCACAGACCCAUGUGUAUCUCUGUCAGUUUUAAUUGCAGAUAACUGUUAAAAUAAAUGAAUUAAAAAGUUUAGAAAAAGGUCAAAUCUGAAAAUUCCUGGUCUGCUAUGUAUGCAAAUUAUUAUAGAUCUAAAGCACCUACAGUGCCUAUAGAAAGUCUACACCCCCUUUCAAAAUGUUCACCUUUUGUUGCCUUAUAUCCUGGAAUUAAAAUGCAUUAGAAUAGUUUUUUUUUCAUUUAUCUACACAUCCUACCCCACAACUUCCAAGUGAAAAAAAUAUUCUAGAAAUUUGUAGAAAAUUAAUUAAAAAUAAAAACUGAAAUAGCAUGGUUGGGUAAGUGUCCACCCCCCUUGUAAUAGCAAUCCUGAAUUAGCUCAGGUGUAACCAAUCGUCCUCAAAAUUACACACCAAGUUAAGUGGCCUCCACCUGUAUUAAAUUGUAGUGAUUCACAUGAUUUCAGGAUAAAUUCAGCAGUUUGUUUUGGUUCCCUCUGCUGGUAGUGCAUUUCAAAGCAAAGACUCAACCAUGAGCAACAAGGGACAAAGUUGUUGAAAGGCACAGAUCGGGAUGGGUAUAAAAACAUAUCAAAGGCCUUGAAUAUCCCUUGGAGCAUGGUCAAGACGAUUAUUAAGAAGUGGAAGGUGUAUGGCACCACCAAGACCCUGCCUAGAUCAGGCCGUCCCUCCAAACUGGAUGUCCAAGCAAGAAAGAGACUAAUCAGAGAGGCUACCAAGAGGCCAAUGGCAACUUUGCAAGAGUACAUGCUUUUAUGGCCAAGACUGGUCAAAGUGUGCAUGUGACAACAAUAUCCAAAGCACUCCACAAAUCUGGCCUGUAUGGUAGGGUGGCAAGAAGGAAGACAUUACUCAAGAAAGCCCACCUUGAAUCCCGUUUGAAGUAUGCAAAAAAAACACCCGGGAGAUUCUGUAGCCAUGUGGCAAAAAGUUUUGUGGUCUGACGAAACUAAAAUGGAACUUUUUGGCCUAAAUGCAAAGCGUUUGGUUUGGAGCAAACCCAACACAGCGCAUCAUCCAAAGAACACCAUCCCUACUGUGAAGCAUGGUGGUGGCAGCAUCAUGUUAUGGGGAUGUUUCUCAUCGGCAGGGACUGGGGCACUUGUCAGGAUAGAAGGGAAAAUGAAUGGAGCAAAGUACAGAGAAGUCCUUGAGGAAAACCUGCUGCCCUCUGCAGGAAAGCUGAAACUAGGACGGAAGUUCACCUUUCAGCAUGACAACGACCCAAAGCACACAGCCAAAGCUACACUGGAGUGGCUAAGGAACAAAGUUAAAUGUCCUUGAGUGGCCCAGUCAGAGCCCUGACCUAAAUCCAAUCGAAAAUUUGUGGCAUGACUUGAAGAUUGCUAUCCAUCAACGCUCCCCAAGGAACUUGACAGAGCUUGAACAGUUUUGUAAAGAAUGGUCAAAUAUUGCCAAAUCUAGGGGUGUGCAAAGUUGGUAGAGACCUAUCCCAACACUCACAGCUGUAAUUGCUGCCAAAGGUGCUUCCACCAAGUAUUAACUCAGGGGGGUGACUUAUCCAAUUAUGAUCUUUCAGUUUUGUAUUUUGAAUAUAUAACUUUUUUCCCCUUAACAGUGUGGAGUACGGUGUGUAGAUAAGUGGAAAAAAAUCCUCAUUUAAAUGCAUGAAACUCUGAGGCACUGACACAACAAAAUGUGAAAAAAGUUCAAGGGGGUGUAGACUUUCAUACGCACUGUAUAUGAUGUGAGAUCAGUGUGUGAAUAUACUGCAGCAAUCAUGAAAAAGCAGCAGGUGUCCCUGUAACUGGCUUAUUCCUCAGUGCAGCGGCUGCAUUGACCGACGUGCCUAUCAGGACAGUCCUGGGAGUUCAUGGAAUAGCAAGAUUUGCAGAAAGACAUCAGCAGGAAGCUAUACCUGCAGCAUACAGACAUGUGUCAUGCAUUGCGAUAAGUAGGGCCCUGUGUUUUAAAUGACUUUUUUAUAAUUUAGUAGUCGGCAAUUGUUUUUUGAUCAUUUUCUCCCGUUUGGAAUAGCCAAUUAUUUUUAGGCUCAGCUCACCACUACCACCCCGCGCUGACGCGAGUGGCGAAGACGAAGACACGCGUCCUCCGAAGUGUGCCGUUAGCCGACCGCUCACACAGACUCUCCAUGCAGCCACCUCAGAGCUACAGCGUCGGAGGAUAAUGCAGCUCUGGGCAGCUUACAGGCAGAUUAGACUACAGGGCCAGACUACAGGGGUCACUGGUGUGCGGUGAGCUGAGGACACCCUGGCUGACCUAAGAGCCCCCCCCCGGGUGGGGCUCGGUCAAUUGUGCGCCGCCCCCUGGGAGCUCCCGUCCACAGUCAGCAGUGGAAUAGCCUGGACUCAAACCGGUGACAUCCAGUCUAUAGGGCGCAUCAUGCAGUCCACGUGGAGCGCCUUUACUGGAUGCGCCACUCGGGAGCCCCAAUGACUUGUUUUUUUAACCUGUAAUUUAGUCCUAAAGACACAAGAUGUCGAUAUUACCUCCACUGUAAGCCACAAUGAGAAAUCAUUAAACAGUCAUCUCAUUAUGCUACUUUAACCAUUUUAAUUUGUCAUGCCAUUAUUGCAAAGUAUGUAUUUGCAGAUUAAUAAACAGAACGCUGUAGACGGCUACUGAUAUGCAUUUUACCCCUUACAUCCCUGUGAACACAUAGAACAGGAUUUUAAAAGAGGGUUUUUUCAAUAUUAUUUCAUACAACUCAAAAGUGUAAAUACAUUAUUUAUAGGUUUUAAUUUACCAGAAUACUUUUACGUAAAUCGUUUUGUAAAAACAAAAUUAUAAUAAUUUCCUUUAUGUGCAUCUCAAUAGGCGCAAAUGUGUAUUUAGUCAACAGAAGGGAAGAUACUGUUUUUUUAAUGGAUUUCCCUAUUCUGGCACUGAUCUCUGAACAGUAUAGAUAAUAUAACCAUUUAUUGGAAACUGGGCAUUUGAUAGAUUAUGUAAAACCUGUAAGCUGUGUAUUACUUCUGUGUUUUGUUUUCAUUUGUUUUGUUCUUUGAAUAUAAUGUAAAAAGUUGUUCAUAAAGCACCCAUGAGUGUUGCUUAUGUUUGCAUGAAAGACAGAAACAAACACUUCUCAAUCCUUGUGCAUUAUGUUUUGCUAUUAAACUUAAGCAUCGUCA